AUGCUCACCAUACAAAACGACAUGUCACCGCGUAAUGGCUCGUGCGUGGCGGAAGUAAGCUCGGUGAGAAGCCUUUCGUCCGACGAUGUCUCGGCGACGAAGACGAACCGAAAGAAGUCCUGCUGGGCACGUGCCACGGAUCCAGCUCAUCGUCGUGGACGUCGAAUUCAGCUGCUGCAAAUGCUGGUGCUACCAUUUAUACCGAUCCUAGCGUUGAUCGUCCAGACGGCUAACACCCUGCACGACAUUCUCAUCUAUCGACAGGAAGUCUCUGACAUCGAAUCGCAGGUAACAAUCGCCACGGAUUUGGGGAAGGUCGUCACGCGGAUGCAGUUGGAGAGAUCCGAGGUUGCGUUCUUUAUAUACACCAAUGGCAGCACACUCAGGUCGAACUUGACGCAGAGGUUCGCCAUAACCGAUCAAGCUCUUCAUAACAUGACUACGUGGCCGCUGGUCUCGGUGCCGAGGGACGAGAGCAAGACGCAAACCUAUGACGUAGUGAGCAAAGAGGCCUUCCAAGCACGCCUCGAGGAUUUCAGGCAGAAGAUAAGUUCGGAGGAGAGCAGUAUCACCGAGGUGAUGGCAUGGUACACCAGCGUGAACGCGGCUAUGUUGGACCAUCUGACUAAUCAGAUCAAGGAGACGGAUAAUAGCGGAGUUUGGAGGUAUUUGAUAGCUUUUAAAAAUUUACUGAGGAGCAUCGAGAGCUUGGGUAUUGCUUCCGUGUACGGAAUCAAUUACUUUGGACGUGGAAUCCUUCUGGAGGACAAUUACGUCAGCUAUGUUCGCCACGAAGCUCUUGGACGUGAUCUCCUCAGUGGAUCUCUCACAUACGUGCCUUCUCUCAAACAUUUUUACGCAGAACUCACCAACAGUAUGCCAGACUACGGAAGGAUUAAAUCUAGACGAAACGAGAUCCUGAAGAACCAGAAGAGAGAACCGAGCAUCGAAGACGCGAUCGCGUACUUCGAUUCGAUGGCAACUUACGUCGACGAGCUGCGGAAACUUCAACGAGCGCUACGUCACAUGAUUAGGAAUUACGUGAAUUCAACAUUGCAAGAUGCUAGCAACAAGGAAGUCGCCGGGAUAGCUAUAGUUGUGCUGGUGUUGGUCGUUUCUCCUAUCAUUAUAGUAUUAGUACGUAACGCGGUAGCAACGAUACAAAUGUACGCGGCGAAUUUGGCACAGAAGGCGCGAGAAUUGAAGCAGGAGAAAGGGAAGAGCGACACGUUGCUUUUUCAAAUGUUACCUCCGAGCGUGGCGCAACAAUUGAAGCAAACGCAACAGGUUCCGGCGGAGUAUUACGAGGCAGUAACCGUAUAUUUCAGCGACAUCGUUGGAUUUACAGAGAUUGCCGCGGAGAACACACCGCUGGAAGUUGUCACGUUCCUAAACUCGAUCUAUAAAUUGUUCGACGCCCGCAUCGAGUGUUACGACGUGUACAAAGUUGAAACGAUCGGCGAUUCUUACAUGGUUGCCUCUGGUUUGCCAGUUAGAAAUGGAGAUAAACACGUAUCCGAAAUAGCGACAAUGGCACUCGAUCUCCUAGCAGCCUCGUCGGUAUUUCAAGUACCGAAACGACCUGGUGAACGUCUUCAAAUACGAAGCGGUGCUCACACAGGUCCCGUAGUUGCUGGAAUCGUAGGAAGUAAAAUGCCUCGUUAUUGUCUCUUUGGAGAUACUGUAAAUACAGCUAGUCGUAUGGAAUCAACUGGAGAAGCUCUGCGAAUACACAUUAGCCUAGAAAUGAAAAAGGCUUUGGACGCUGUAGGAGGUUUCAAAAUCGCUCAUCGUGGUUUGGUAGAUGUGAAGGGUAAAGGACUGAUGGACACGUACUGGUUAGAAUGCAAAGACGGUGGAAUCGCUCGUGCCGCGGAAUUAGAUCUGCCGUCGUUCUUCGAGGAUGUCCGACCAGUUUUCAUACGUCGUUUACGGGAGGAAGGUACCCUUUGAUGCGAACCGUAUUCCCGACGGGACCUCUGGUACCUGAACCGACCACCUACUCCUUACAUCCGUUUAUCACAACCCAACCUUAUCGACCACUUGAAGAAACCUACUCAAGGUCGUAAGAAUCGACUCUCCCAUCCGAAUCUUCACAUUACUCCGGUGAAACCACCUCCU